AUGGCCAACAAGUAUACCAUCAACUCAAAGUUCAAGCUGAACAGCGGGUAUGAGAUGCCCCGUCUGGGCUUCGGAGUCUACCUAACUCCCCCCGAGGAAACCGAAAAGGCAUGCCUCUCGGCCCUCUCUGCAGGCUACCGCCAUAUCGACUGCGCCGUACUAUAUCAGAACGAAUCCGGCUCGGGCGCUGGAAUACGCAACAGCAACCUGCCCCGCUCCGACAUCUUCUACACGUCCAAGAUCCCCCCUGAGCAUAUGACGUACGAUCAAGCCAAGGCGCAAGUCGAUGCCUCCCUCAAAGAAGCAGGACUUGACUACAUCGACCUCAUGCUGAUCCACUGCCCCAACGGCGGCUCCGCCAACCGCAAGGGGGUAUGGAAAGCGCUCGUCGAGGCCGUCGAGGAGGGCAAAAUUAGGAGUAUUGGGGUUAGCAACUACGGCAUGCACCACCUCGAGGAGCUGGAGAAUCACAUUUCCGAGCUGGAAGCGGAGCGCGGUGGAAAGGGGAAGGGCGGUGUGGUAUCGGUCGGACAGUGGGAGCUUCAUCCCUGGUGUGCGCGGGACGACGUGGUGGCGUGGUGCAAGAAGAGGAAUAUCGUGGUGCAGGCGUACUGUCCCAUCGUGAGGGGCCAAAGGUCCGGGGAUAAAACGCUGGUUAAGCUGGCGGAGAAGCAUGGGAAGACGCCGGCACAGGUGUUGAUCAGGUGGAGUCUGCAAAAGGGGUAUGUGCCGUUGCCUAAGAGCGUGACGCCGAGCAGAAUUGAGGAGAAUGCGGAUGUGUAUGAUUUUGAGCUUACGGACGCGGAGGUGGAGGAAUUGAAGAGUAACGACUAUGCGCCGGUUGCUUGGGAUCCGGCCAAGUGGGGCUUGGAGGAAUAG